AUGGCUCGUCGCAACAGUGAUGAGCCCGUGGCCUUGCUGACGCCGGAAGAGCAAGAUCGUGACUCCAAGCUCGAGGGCCACGAUGUCGAGGGCGGCGCCGGCCAGGCGGAACCCCCGAAGGACGAGAACCUCGACCACGAGUACUCCAUCGCCAGCACCGUAAAGUUCACGUGGCUGGGCACCUACUUCUUCUUCUCUCUAUGCCUAACUCUCUACAACAAGCUCGUCUUGGGCAUGUUUGCGUUCCCGUGGCUCCUGACGUGUCUGCAUGCCUCCUUUGCGAGCAUGGGCACAUAUGCCAUGCUGCACAUGGGCUACUUCAAGCUCACGCGCCUCGGCCGUCGCGAGAAUCUCGCGCUCGUCGCUUUUAGCGCCCUUUUUACCGCCAACAUCGCUCUCUCCAACCUCUCUCUCGCCAUGGUGUCAGUUCCGUUUUAUCAGACGAUGCGCAUGCUGUGCCCCAUCUUCACCAUUCUUAUCUAUCGGGUGUGGUAUGGCCGCACGUACAGCACUCUCACAUACCUCUCUCUCAUCCCCCUCAUUAUCGGCGCCGCCAUGACGACGGCUGGUGAGAUGACGUUCACCGAUGCCGGCUUCCUGCUCACCAUUUUCGGCGUUGUUCUGGCCGCGGUCAAGACUGUGGUCACGAACCGAUUUAUGACGGGAUCGCUCGCGCUGCCACCUCUCGAGUUCGUGAUGCGCAUGUCCCCGCUGGCUGCUCUGCAAGCCUUCGCGUGCGCCGCCGCCACGGGCGAGAUCGGCGGAUUCCGUGACCUCAUCGCAUCGGGCGACAUCUCGCUGCCUCCGGCCAUCGCGUCGCUUACGGGCAACGGUUUCCUCGCAUUCCUCCUCAACGUCUCGUCAUUUCAAACGAACAAGCUGGCGGGCGCCCUGACGAUGACUGUCUGUGGCAACUUGAAACAGUGCCUGACAGUCCUAAUCGGCAUUUUCUUGUUUAACGUCACGGUCGAUCUUUUGAACGGAGCGGGCAUGGCCGUGACCAUGAUUGGCGCUGGCAUAUACAGCAAGGCAGAACUGGACAACAAGAGGAAGAAGCAGCAACCGGCAUACAAGCCGGUGAAUCAAGACUCCAGAUAG